ACCGUUUUGAUCUGCUUUUGCUGGCCCCAAAGCCCCUUGGCCUGAGGCAGCUGUGGACAUAGCUGAGCCGGCCCAGCACCAAGGUCCCUGCAGCCCUGCACCUGCUGCCCAGAGAGCCAGAGUUGGCCAAGGCCACUGACCGCUGGAGCCAUGGUGCAUGGGUACAAAGGAGUCAAGUUUGAAAACUGGGCGAGGACCUACGGCUGUUGCCCAGAAAUGUACUAUCAGCCCACGUCCGUGGAGGAGAUCAGAGAGGUGCUGGCCCUGGCCAGACAACAGAACAAGCGGGUGAAGGUGGUAGGCGGUGGCCACUCACCCUCAGACAUCGCCUGCACGGACGGCUUUAUGAUUCACAUGGGCAAGAUGAACCGGGUCCUCCAGGUAGACAAGGAGAAGAAGCAGGUGACGGUGGAGGCCGGCAUCCUCCUGGCUGACCUGCACCCACAGCUGGACCAGCAUGGCCUGGCCUUGUCCAACCUGGGAGCAGUGUCAGACGUGACCGCGGGUGGCGUCAUUGGGUCUGGAACACACAACACGGGGAUCAAGCACGGUAUCCUGUCCACCCAGGUGGUAGCCUUGACCCUGAUGACGGCCAGUGGAACCAUCCUGGAGUGCUCCGAGUCCAGCAAUGCAGAGGUGUUCCAGGCCGCACGGGUGCACCUGGGGUGCCUUGGGGUCAUCCUCACCGUCACCCUGCAGUGCGUGCCCCAGUUCCACUUGCAGGAGACGUCCUUCCCCUCAACCCUGAACGAGGUCCUCAACAACCUGGAUAACCACCUGAGGAAAUCCGAGUACUUUCGCUUCCUCUGGUUCCCGCACAGCGAGAACGUCAGCGUCAUCUACCAGGACCACACCAGCAAGCCCCCGUCCUCUUCAGCCAACUGGUUUUGGGACUAUGCAGUCGGAUUCUAUUUACUGGAGUUCCUGCUUUGGCUCAGCACCUUCCUGCCGAGCCUCGUGGGCUGGAUCAACCGCUUUUUCUUCUGGCUCCUGUUCAGCCACAAGAGGGAACAUAGCAACCUCAGCCACAAGAUCUUCAGCUAUGAGUGUCGCUUCAAGCAGCACGUCCAGGACUGGGCCAUCCCCAGAGAGAAGACCAAGGAGGCCCUGCUGGAGCUGAAGAACAUGCUGGAAGCCCAGCCCAAGGUGGUGGCCCACUUCCCCGUGGAGGUGCGCUUCACCCGGGGGGACAACAUCCUGCUGAGCCCCUGCUUCCAGCGGGACAGCUGCUACAUGAACAUCAUCAUUUACAGGCCCUAUGGCAAGGACGUGCCGCGGCUGGACUACUGGCUGGCCUAUGAGAACAUCAUGAAGAAGGUCGGCGGCAGGCCCCACUGGGCCAAGGCGCACAACUGCACCCGGAAGGAUUUCGAGAAAAUGUAUCCUGCUUUCCCAAAGUUCUGUGCCAUCCGGGAAAAGCUGGACCCCACUGGGAUGUUCUUGAACUCUUAUCUGGAGAAGGUGUUCUACUGAGCAGGAGCACAAAGCCUGUGCUGCCCACACCAACGGGAGCAGAUCUCCCUGCAGCUGUGGUGAUGAGCUGAGCUCCGGCAACCCCCCUUCUCUUACAUCCUUUGUCCUCAUGGUACCCCCAGCUGGAGGUGACCUAGUUCUCACAACCCAUUGUAAACAGACCCCCCCAUCCCAAGCCUACAAUCACCACAUUGUGUUUUCCCAGGAGAAGGGGGAUCCUUAGGUUGUUAUUCUGUCCAGAGGUGCAGAGAUUUGGUCAUUCAGGGGUUCCACCUGGGUGUGAAAGUAAAAUUCUCAGGGUCUGUAGUUUCAGGGGUUCCUUCUCCAGCCGUCUUUGGAAGGGGCCCUGUUGACACACAUUUGGACCCAGAGGCUGUGAGCCCAUUUGGAUGCGUGACCUCCUAUAGCCUGACAGCAGAAUGUCUAUUUCAGGGAUGUCUGGGGAGUGGGACCCUCUGUGGCUUCUUCUUAAUAAAAACCAAGAAUUAAUCCCCUCUCUGUUCCCACCUCUUUACUUCCCAGGUAAUUCUCCAGGAGCAGGAGACUUCCCUCCCAGGGUAACACAGGUCUUGGGCUCGCCUAGAAAAUGCUCCUCAUAUUCCUUUUUUCAAGUUUAGUUUCAAUUUGCCCUUGACCUGCCACACUUUGUGAACUUCGUGGAACACAUUCCUUGAGCCUUUACUAUGCCCUAAGGGCUUUAGGAGAAUUAAUAGAACCUUAAGAUAGGUUUUUGCCCUCAAGAACUUCGUAUUCUGGGCGGCACCUGUGGCUCAAGGAGUAGGGCACCAGCCCCAUAUACUGGAGGUGGCAGGUUCAAACCCAGCCCCGGCCAAAAAGAAAAAAAAGAAA